AUGGCUAUUGCUCGUCAGCAUGCCAGCAGGAUCCCAGUCGCGGACUUGACAGCCUUCAUACAAGCCAUAUUCCCGAUCAGAUCUGGUGAUGUGCCCUUCUUGUAUCAUACUCCUUACUCUCGUUCUUUCAAUGCUGCCACCUUUUUCAUCACAGCCAUAGUCCUCUCCAUCACUCCUACGGCAGGUUUCUAUGCCAGUCUACAUUCCGGGACCAAAGUCGGCUUCCUGCAUCGACCUUUCGACUUGGACAGGCGGGAGGUGCCGCGGCUUGCCACUGUCCUCUCCAACCACAAAGGCUUCGAUGAAGUGUUGACUGUAGGCUACAACGUGGCUCUCGCAGAACGAAUUGGACUAGAUGUACCAAACGCCCAGGUGAUUCAAGGCUACAAGGGUAACCCGGAGCGACGAAUCGGCAUUGUGGGCGCCCUGAAGCAGACCGCAAAGGCCAGCGAAAUGCAAUCUCGGAUCUUACAACAAUUCAAUGGCGCUUUCGAAGGAUGCUUCGGCUUUGAGGGCGAGGGCGGUACAGUGGAGAGUCAGCUUAGCAACGACGAUGAUGUGCAGGCUGUUGCCAUCAUGAACGCUUUCCACCCGGAGGAAGUAGAUCGGGUGCUGGAGGUUUCGCAGCAAAACGGACUGCUACCCGGCAAUGAUGCCAAGGGUCUGUUGUAUUUGACAGGAGCUGUUCGCCAACCUGGGCUUCUCUAUGCCUUGGAGCGAGGUAUCAAGGUCAUAUGCGUAGGGCAUCGGAUAUGUGAGGAAUGGGGCACACACCACAUUGCAGAAUGCCUGCGUGAACGGUUUCCUAAUCUUCGUGUGGACGAGGUGUAUGAGGAUGAGGAACCCCGAGAACAUACGCGGCAUGGCAAGGAAGCUAAGGAGCAGCAGUUGUCUAAAAGAGCGUCAGAUAGAGGUGGAGUUCCUGUAGCGACCUCAUGA